UUGACGUUUACACAUUCGCUUUUGCGCCAUUAUUUUUCGUGUGUAAACUUUAUUGUUAUUGUACGAGCGUCAUGUAUGACGCGAAUUUGUGUUGAAAGUUGUGUUUAUUUGAAUUAAAGCGAUAUUAGAAAAAGGAAUUAAGAUGCCUGCUUUUUUAAAGUACAUAGAUAUGGAAAACUUCAAGUCCUACCGUGGACAUCAUCAGAUCGGACCUCUGAAGUCUUUUACUGCUGUUGUAGGGCCAAAUGGAUCAGGAAAAUCAAACUUCAUGGAUGCCGUAAGUUUUGUGAUGGGUGAGAAGACAUCUCUGCUGCGUGUGAAACGGCUCAGCGAUCUCAUUCAUGGUGCUUCUAUCAAUAAGCCGGUGUCUAGAAGUGCAUCGGUGACAGCAACAUUUGUGUUGGAAGAUAUGACUGAGAAGCAAUUCAUGAGAUCUGUCAUUGGUCAGUCUUCGGACCACAAAAUCGAUGGACAGUCUGUAUCAAUAAGUCAGUACCUGGCUGAAUUGGAGAAGCUCGGCAUCAACGUGAAGGCCAAGAACUUCCUGGUGUUCCAAGGUGCGGUGGAGAGCAUCGCCAUGAAGAACCCCAAGGAGAGGACCGCUUUGUUCGAGGAGAUAAGUGGCUCCGGAGUACUGAAAGAGCAGUACGAGUUGUGUCGGGCGGAAGUGAACCGCGCGGACGAAGAGGCGCAGUUCUCUUACCAGAAGAAGAAGGGAGUGGCCGCGGAGCGGAAGGAGGCCAAGUUCGAGAAGGAGGAAGCGGAGAAGUACACGAGGCUUAAGGAGGAGCUGCAACAACAAAAGAUAGAGCUCCAGCUCUUCCACCUGUACCACAACGAGAAAGAGAUCCAGUCCUGCGAAGAGGACCUGCAGUACAAGCAGACGGAGCUGGCCAAGAUCGAGAAGAAGCGGCAGAAAGCGGAAGAUGCCUUGAAGGAAAAGAAGAAAGCGGCCGGCACUGCGCAGCGGGACUUGGCCAAGAUAGAGCAGGAUAUACGGGAAGUGGAAGCGGAAGUGUCAAAGAAGCGUCCGACGUUCAUAAAGGCGAAGGAGCGAGUGUCGCACACGCAGAAGAAACUGGAGAGCGCGGUGAAAACCCUCGAGCAGGCGCGCAAGGCGCACGAGGCGCACCAGGCGGACAUACGCAAACUGGAGGGUGAGUUACGGGAGAUAGAGGAACAGAAAGCGAGCUGGGAGCAGUCGCAACUCGGCACCAGCGCCACUCGAGCUGAUGUGCAUCUCGAGGAGGCUCAGAUCCGCGAAUACGAAGAGCUCAAAAUGGAGGCGACCCGCCAAGCGGCGAGGUACCUGCAGGAGCUGGAUUCGGUGAACCGCGAGCAGAAGGCGGACCAGGACCGGCUCGACAACGAGCUGCGGCGGAAGGGGGAGUUCGAGAACAAGCACCGCCAGAAGGGCCACGAGCGGAACGAGGCUAUGAAACGAGUGGAGAAAUUAAAUGAACACAUCAAGAGCUCCGAGCAAGCGCUCGAGGAGCAGCGCCGGCUGCGCGCCGAGCUGCAGGCGGACGUGGGCUCGUGCCGCGGCAAGGCGGCGGCGCUGCAGGCGGCGCUGGAGGAGGUGGCGGCGCAGCUCGGCGACGCGCGCGUCGACAAGCACGAGGAGGCGCGCCGCCGCAAGAAGCAGGAGAUCGUCGAGAGCUUCAAGCGGGAGAUACCCGGCGUGUACGACCGCAUGAUAAACAUGUGUCAGCCGACCCACAAGCGUUACAACGUGGCCAUCACGAAAGUCCUCGGCAAGUACAUGGAGGCUAUCGUGGUGGACACCGAGAAAACGGCCAGGCGCUGCAUCCAGGUGCUGAAAGAGAGGAUGCUGGAGCCGGAGACGUUCCUGCCCCUGGACUAUAUACAGGCGAAACCGCUGAGGGAGCGGCUGCGCGACAUAAAAGAGCCGAAGAACGUGAAGCUGCUGUUCGACGUGCUGCGCUUCGAGCCGGCGGCGAUCCACCGCGCCGUGCUGUUCGUCACCAACAACGCGCUCGUCUGCGAGACGCCGGAGGACGCGUCGCGCGUCGCCUACGACCUGGACCGGAACAAGAACAGCCGCUAUGACGCGCUCGCGCUGGACGGCACGUUCUACCAGAAGUCCGGUAUCAUAUCGGGCGGCUCGCUCGACCUGGCGCGCAAGGCGAAACGCUGGGACGAGAAGCACCUGUCGCAGUUGAAGGCUAAAAAGGAGAAACUGACAGAGGAGCUCCGCGAGUCGAUGAAGAAGUCGCGCAAAGAGUCCGAGCUGACGACCGUCGACUCGCAGAUCCGCGGCCUCGAGUCGCGGCUCAAGUACGCGCUCUCCGACAGGGACGCUACGCUGAAACAAAUCAAGGCGUUAGACGCGGAGCUCGCUGAGUUGGAACACAAGAUGGAUAUGUUCGGCCCGCAAAUCGAGGAGAUAGAGCGCACGAUCUGCGCACGCGACGCCAAGAUACAAGAGAUCAAGGAGAACAUGAACAACGUCGAGGACGUGGUGUUCCGCGCCUUCUGCAGGGACAUCGGGGUUGCCAACAUACGGCAGUACGAAGAGCGCGAGCUGCGCGCGCAACAAGAGCGCGCCAAAAAGCGUAUGGAGUUCGAGGCUCAGAUCGACCGCAUCGCUUCCAACCUCGAGUUUGAGCGCUCUCGAGACACGCAGAAGAACGUGACGCGGUGGGAGCGCACGGUGCAGGACGGCGAGGACGAGCUGGAGGCCAACCGGCAGGCGGAGGCCAAGCAGCGCCAGGACAUCGACCGCGAGCUGCGCCGCGCCGACGCGCUCAAGGCCGACCGCGCCGCCGCGCGCGCCGCGCUCGACGCCGCCGACGAGCUCUCCGCGCAGGCGCGCAAGGACCUCGCGAACAUCCAGAAGGACAUAGCGAGCGUGCAGAAGCAGAUCGCGGCCAUCGAGGCGCGCAUCGACACGCGCCGCUCCGACCGCCACAACAUACUGCGCCAGUGCAAGAUCGACGACAUAAUAGUCCCGCUGCUGGAGGGCAGUCUACACGACACGGCGGACGAAUCCGAGCCGUCCUCCAUGUCUUCCUCGCAGCGCACCACUCGGAUCCGCGUAGACUACAGCAUGUUGUCGGAAGCCCUCAAGGAGCUGGAGGAAGCUGACGAGAUCAAGCGCAAAGCGGACAAGCUGCAGAAGGGCAUCAACUCGCUGCAGAACACCGUCGACAAGAUACAGGCGCCAAAUAUGAGGGCGAUGCAAAAACUGAACGAAGUGCGUGAAAAAGUGAACGCGACCAACGAGGCGUUCGUCGCGGCGCGCAAGCGGGCGCACAAAGCUAAACUCGCCUUUGAGAAGGUGAAAAAAGAGCGUCACGACAAAUUCAUGACCUGCUUCGAACACGUGGCCAACGAGAUCGACGCUAUAUACAAGGCAUUAGCAAUGAACCAAUCGGCGCAAGCGUUCCUCGGGCCGGAGAACCCAGAGGAGCCAUAUCUAGACGGGAUCAACUACAACUGCGUGGCGCCCGGCAAGCGCUUCCAGCCCAUGUCCAACCUGUCCGGCGGCGAGAAGACCGUCGCCGCGCUCGCGCUGCUCUUCGCCAUACACAGCUACCAGCCGGCGCCGUUCUUCCUGCUGGACGAGAUCGACGCGGCGCUGGACAACACCAACAUCGGCAAGGUGGCCGCCUUCAUCCGCAGCAAGAAGGGCUCGCUGCAGACCAUCGUCAUCUCGCUCAAGGAGGAGUUCUACGGGUGCGCCGACGCGCUCGUCGGCAUCUGCUCCGAGCCCGCGGACUGCCUCGUCAGUGACGUCAUCACACUCAGCCUCGAGAACUAUCCAGAUUAAACAUUUGAUACCUAGAAUAAAUUUUUAUUAUUCCAGUCUGAGUUUUUUUUCUAAUCGUGUUAUAAGUUAUGAAAAUAAGUUAUUUUAAGUUUUUGAUAAGAAUGUUAAUUAUUUUUUGACCUAGCUUUUUUCGUUAAUUUAAUUAUUUUUAUAUUAUUGUGUUACUCUAGACAUUUUUUUUUGGAAUUUGAAUUUAUUAAACGUUUUUCUCAAUUAUUUUCCUAAACAACUCUCAAGUCAGGCUGACUUUCUAAUUGCACGAAAGCAAAAAAUAACAUAGUUUACGUAUUGAAGUAAACGGCAUAUUAUAUUGACGCAUUGUACUACUGUACAAGCUAAAAUAUUCAUGUAUUUAGUCUUAUAAUUUUCAUAUCAUAUUGUUUAUCCUUUUCGUACAUACCUUAUAGGAAAGAGACAAGAAACUGUUAGUGUAAGCUAGCUCUAAGGCGUAAUGAAACACCACGAUUUGUAUCGAUCUGUUUAUUUACAAUAAAAUAUCUUUAUUCUACAA